UGGCACCCUUGCCAUCCGUCUUUUAAAGAUGCUAUGUGAAAAAAACCCUUCGAAAAAUGUAUGUUAUUCUCCCAUGAACAUCUCCUCUACUUUAGCUAUGCUCCUCUUGGGGGCGAAGGGAAACACUGAGAUCCAGAUAUUGCAGGUGAUUGAUGUAUGUGCAGAGUCAGGAGUUCAUCGAAAACUCCAGUGGCUUCUCAGUAUCCUGAACAAGCCCACCAGAAAAUACUCCCUUAGAGUGGCCAGCAGGCUCUUUGCAGAGAACACUUGUGAAUUCCUCCCAACCUUUAAGGAGUCCUGUCUUCAAUUCUAUAAAUCGGAGUUGGAGCAGCUCUCCUUUGCCAAAGAUGCAGAGGAAUCCAGGAAACACAUAAACACGUGGGUCUCCAAGCAGACUAAAGGCAAAAUUCCGGAGCUGUUGUCAGAGGACUCAGUUGAUUCACAGACCCGGCUGGUUCUUGUCAACGCCACAUAUUUCAAAGGAAGGUGGCAUCGCCAGUUUGACAUAAAAUCCACCAGGGAAAUGCUCUUUAAAAUAAAUGAGAAGGAGAAGAGGCCUGUGCAGAUGAUGUGUCAGGAGCACACGUUUAAGCUUGCCUAUGUGAGUGAGGUGCAGGCACAGGUGCUGCUGUUACCCUAUAAGGGCAAAGACCUGAACAUGUUGGUCCUGCUCCCGGAUGACGGCGUGGACCUCAGCCAGGUGGAAAACAAUCUCACUUUUAUGAAGUUAAAGGCCUGGACCAGACCAGACUUUAUGAAGAACACUAAAGUUUCGGUUUUCCUUCCAAAAUUUAAACUGCAAGAGGAUUAUGACAUGGAGUCCGUGUUUCAGCAUUUGGGAAUAAUGAAUGUUUUCCAAGAGGGCAAGGUUGACCUAUCAGGAAUGUCUCCAGUGAAAGACCUGUGUGUGUCCAAGAUUGUUCACCAGAGUGUGGUGGAGGUCAAUGAAGAAGGCACAGAGGCUGCAGCAACCUUGAACGCAGUAAAUGAAAAAUUGUGCAACACGGCUGUUUUCUGCGCUGACCGCCCCUUCCUUUUCUUUAUCAGGCACAACAAAACCAACACCAUCCUCUUCUGUGGCAGGUUCUCAUCUCCAUAAAGGCACAUUUACUAUGUGUGUGGGGUGAGGACAGUUCUCCCUUCCGCAUCUUUUUAACUCCUACAGCUCUGUGAGGAUGGGCAAACAGGGCGAAGCCAUGUUCCUCCCUUCAGCCCGAUCUUAUGAUGCCCGCAUUCAGCUCUCCCUAUCCCGACCUUCAUCUGUGUCCUUUGUCAGGUCACAGGACCACAGAGUGGUAUGGUUUCCUGUUGCGUUUAGGAGGGAAACAAAUCCCACAAGACAGCCUACAAUAUACUGUAAGGUAACCCUAUAUAAACCCCUCCCUCGCUGCACAGAAAAGCCAUGGGAGCUAUAUACACUGUGCUUUCCUGGCAGCUCAGCUCUUGCCAUCACUUGCCUUAACCUGAUAGCAUCAUAGUAAAUGCCUCUGUGGAUGAUGACCACUACUGCACUUCUCCUGGGGACUGGUCCUUCAUGCUCAUUUUAAAUUUAUUUUCUUUGCUGUCCACUACUCACCAGGUCUGUGCCCAACACUGUGUUAGGCUUGGGGACAAGCACAGAUGUGUGCUCCUCUAAAGCUGGUCUUUACUAUCUGUUUUUACACUUAUCUAGUUGUCAUGACAACUAGCUUGGACUACCACAUGUUCCUGUGCAUAAGUCAUCCUUCUGAGGACUGCUGUGUAUCCACCUCUAACUGUAAUAGUUAAAUUCUAUGAAGUCCUUAAAAGCCAUUUCAAAAUAAAUU